AUGGAGUUAUUUAAGAGUUCUGUCUUUAUCUUGAUCCUUCACCUUCUAGAAAGGGCCCUGGGCAAUUCACUCAUUCAGCUGAACAAUAAUGGGUAUGAAGGCAUUGUCAUUGCAAUUGACCCUAAUGUGCCAGAAGAUGAAAAGCUUAUUCAACAAAUAAAGGACAUGGUGACCCAGGCAUCUCCAUACCUGUUUGAAGCUACAGGAAAAAGAUUUUAUUUCAAAAAUGUUGCCAUUCUGAUUCCUGAAAAGUGGAAAACAAAACCUAAAUAUUUGAGACCAAAACUUGAGACCUACAAAAAUGCAGAUGUUCUGGUUGCUGAACCUAAUUCUCUGGGUAAUGAUGAACCCUAUACCGAGCAGAUGGGAAAGUGUGGAGAAAUGGGUGAAAGGAUUCAUUUUACUCCUGACUUUUUAGCAGGAAAAAAGUUGUCUCAAUAUGGACCACAAGGUAGGGUAUUUGUCCAUGAAUGGGCUCAUCUACGAUGGGGAGUAUUUGAUGAGUACAAUUAUAACCAGAAAUUCUACCUAUCCAGUGGAAAAAUCAAAGCAGUAAAGUGUUCAGCAGCUGUUGUUGGUCACAAUGUAAUAAAUAAGUGUCAAGGAGGCAGCUGUUACACCAAACCAUGCAAAUCCAACAGAGUAACAGGACUGUAUGAAAAAGAAUGUGAGUUUGUACCCAACAUCCAGCAGACCGAGAAGGCUUCCAUAAUGUUUGCACAAAGUAUCGAUUCUGUGGUUGAAUUUUGUACGGAACAAAACCACAAUAAAGAAGCCCCAAACUUGCAAAACCAAAGAUGCAAUCUCCGAAGCACAUGGGAAGUGAUCUGUGAUUCUGAGGACUUUAAGAAAACCACUCCUAUGAAGACACAGCCACCGAAGCCCACCUUCUCAUUGCUGCAGAUUGGACAAAGAAUUGUGUGUUUAGUCCUUGAUAAGUCUGGAAGCAUGAAGACUGGUGACCGCCUUAAUCGACUGAAUCAAGCAGGCAAACUUUUCCUGCUGCAGACGGUUGAGCAGGGGACCUGGGUUGGGAUGGUAACAUUCGACAGUGCUGCCCAUGUACAAAGUGAACUCAUACAGAUAAAUGGUGGCACUGACAGGGACACGCUCACCAGAAGGCUACCCACAGUGGCUGCAGGAGGGACAUCCAUCUGCUCCGGGCUUCGAUUGGCAUUUACUGUGAUUAAGAAGAAAUACCCAACAGAUGGAUCAGAAAUCGUGCUGCUGACCGAUGGAGAGGACAAGACUAUAAGUGGGUGCUUUAAGGAGGUAAAAGAAAGGAAGGUUAUCAUCCACACAGUCGCCCUGGGGUCCACGGCAGCUCGAGAACUAGAGGAACUGUCCAAAAUGACCGGAGGUUUACAGACAUAUGCUUCAGAUCAAGCUCAGAACAACGGCCUCAUUGAUGCUUUUGGGGCCCUUUCGUCAGGAAAUGGAGCUGUCUCUCAAAGCUCCAUACAGCUUGAGAGUAAGGGGUUGGCCCUCCAGAACAGUCAGUGGAUGAACGGCACAGUGAUCGUGGACAGCACCGUGGGAAAGGACACGUUGUUUCUUGUCACCUGGACAACACAGCCUCCUCAGAUUCUUCUCUGGGAUCCCAGUGGAAAGAGACAAGAUGGCUUUUUAGUGGACACAAACACCAAAAUGGCCUACCUCCAGAUCCCAGGCACUGCCGAGGUUGGCAUUUGGAAAUACAGUCUGCAAACAAGCUCACAAACCCUGACUUUGACUGUCACCUCCCGUGCAUCAAGUGCUACCCUCCCUCCAAUUACAGUGACCUCCAAAAUGAACAAGGACACAGGAAAAUUUCCCAGCCCUAUGAGAGUUUAUGCAAAUAUUCGCCAAGGAGCCUUGCCAAUUCUCAGGGCCAGUGUUACAGCCCUAAUUGAAUCAGUGAGUGGAAAAACAGUUACCUUGGAGUUACUGGACAAUGGAGCAGGUGCUGAUGUUACUAAGGAUGAUGGUGUCUACUCAAGGUAUUUCACAGCUUAUGAUACCAAUGGUAGAUACAGUGUCAAAGUGUGGGUUCUGGGAGUAAUUAACACAGCCAGAAGUGGAGUGAUACCGCAGCAGAAUGGAGCCCUGUACAUACCUGGCUGGAUUGAAAACGGUGAAAUAAAAUGGAAUCCACCAAGACCUGAAAUUAAUGAGACUGAUUUUCAAGACAAGCAAGUGCGUUUCAGCAGAGCAUCCUUGGGAGGUUCAUUUGUAGCCUCCAAUGUCCCAAAGGCUCCCCUACCUGAUCUCUUCCCACCUUGCCAAAUCACCGACCUAAAGGCAAAAAUCCAAGGGGACAACCUCAUAAAUCUAACUUGGACGGCUCCUGGGGACGAUUAUGAUCAUGGAACAGCUCACAAAUAUAUCAUUCGAAUAAGUACAAGUAUUCUUGAACUCAGAGACAAGUUUGAUGAUUCUCUUCAAGUGAAUACAACUGACCUCAUCCCGAAGGAGGCCACCUCUGAAGAAGUCUUUGUGUUUAAACCAGAAAACAUCACUUUUGAAAAUGGCACAGAUCUCUUCAUUGCUGUUCAGGCUGUUGAUAAGGCCAAUCUGAAAUCAGAAAUAUCCAACAUUGUACGAGCAUCUUUGUUUAUUCCUCCACAGACUCCUCCAGAGAUACCUAGUCCGGAUGGCUCUUCUGCUCCUUGUCCUGAUAUUAAUAUCAACAGCACUAUUCCCGGCAUCCACAUUUUGAAAAUUAUGUGGAAGUGGCUAGGAGAAUUGCAGCUGUCAGUGGCCUUGCACUGA